UACUCCAUUCUUCCUCUCCGGGGUUUCCAGCGCUUGAUUCUCAUGAGUUUGCCUGUUUUACGUCUCUCUAAAAGGCAACUUUGAGGUAUUCUUAAGCGAUACAACAUACCUGUGGUAAAUAUGAACUUUAGGACUUGUCUUUAUGUUGUAUAUUAGUCUGUUUGAGGUGCUUUACUGCCUAACUGAAGAACAUAAUGCGCAUGACUCUUAGUUGAGUAUUGCAGUUUUUUUAUGCUUUUCUGAGACUUUUCUGUGACUCUAGAGUGAAGCACUUUUGCAUUCUUUUCUUUUUUUUUUAAAAAAAAAACAACUUUAGACUGACAAAAAAGCGAAGUGUGAUUGGCGCAGAACCACCACUGUGGGUUUUCAUGGCUGGGCUCUUUUAGUCAUUUCCUGAGAGCCGGUGCGGAGAUGUGACAGCGCAGGAAGCGGCAGCGAGCUCAGCGAGGCUCCGAGUGCCUCACAAAUCGGCUUGGCCAGAGCUGGGGGCACGUCCUCCUCGCUGGGAUGUAGAAAUACCUCCUCCUGGGAUCGAUGCUCAGGCUCUUCAGGAAGAACCUCUACUGUCUUGCACUCAGAGUGACUUGGGCAUUCAAAUGGUGAGUGAGGAGCUACAGCUCUAUGAUUCUUAAGCAACAAGGAAUUUAAGAGCUGAAAUUCAAGGGGUGGAAGAUGAGCGCUUUCAAAAAGCACUACAGCCUCUCUCCCAGGGCUUUCAGAAGAUCGCUGUCGGAACAGGACGCUGGCGCUGCUGACCUGAAGGGCUACCAUUGGUACCACCAAAUGAAAAGCAAGAAGAUGAACAAACAAAUGAGUUGUGAGCCAGAGAAGCCUCUGGGAGCGUACAGGUGGCAGACGCAUCCUUGGCUUCCCUGGAGGAUAAGCAAAAGAGAGGGCUCGUGCAGCCUGAAAGCGGAAUGCGAUGAUCCAAGUCUUGCUGAAAGUUCUGCAAGCGUGGAUGCUACCAGCGCUGAUGGUCUCCUUGAAGACCCAACAGAGGUGUUUUUCCAGGCAAGGACUAGACCAUUCCGGGUUCCCUUCAACCGCUCUCUAUCCGAACCCGUGCCGCAGGUUGGGAACAGGAGCACAAAGCCCUUUCUGCAAGCCAUGCAUUCGGUGGGCUCUGGACAGCAGGGUGAUUUCAUCCGUGGCUUUUUCUCCUCUCUAUCAAGUGGCUUUUCAAAGAUGAUGAGUCGAAAAGGGGAGCCUGGCAGUGAGUCAGUAAAUGAAGGGAAGACAGAUGAUAAUCACAUUGAUUUGUGUACAGAUGUGAAAGGGCCACCGACGCACCGCCUGUCCUGCGGCCAGUCCCCCUACACGGAAACCACGACAUGGGAGAGGAAAUACUGCAUCCUGACGGACAGCCAGCUGGUGCUGCUCAACAGGGAGAAAGAGGUCCCCAUCGAUACGGUCCAGGAGCCGCAGGUGGAUACUACCAAAGGGCGCUGCCUGCGCCGGACGGUGAGCGUCCCUUCCGAGGGCCAGUUCCCCGAGUACCCAGCAGAGGGGGCCGCCAAACUUGAGGUCCCAGCAGAGAGAUCUCCUCGCAGACGGAGCAUCUCCGGGACCAGCACCUCUGAGAAAACCAACUCCAUGGAUGCUUCGAAUACUUCUCCUUUCAAAGUGCCAGGCUUCUUCAGUAAACGUCUGAAAGGGUCCAUCAAGAGGACAAAGAGUCAGUCAAAGCUGGACAGGAACACAAGUUUCCGUCUCCCAUCUCUCCGCAAUGCCGAUGACAGGUCACGUGGAUUGCCCAAACUGAAAGAGUCCCGUUCCCAUGAGUCUCUGCUGAGCCCGGGCAGCGCUGUGGAGGCCCUGGAUCUCGGCUCGGAAGAAAAAGUCUUCGUCAAACCACUUCACAGCAGCAUCCUUGGACAAGACUUCUGCUUUGAGGUAACCUACUCCAGUGGCAGUAAAUGCUUCAGUUGUUCUUCUGCAGCAGAGAGGGACAAGUGGAUGGAAAACCUACGCAGAACAGUGCAGCCGAAUAAGGACAACUGCCGUCGAGCUGAAAAUGUGCUCCGUCUCUGGAUCAUUGAGGCAAAGGACCUGGCCCCCAAGAAGAAAUACUUCUGUGAGCUGUGCCUCGAUGACACCCUCUUUGCCCGCACCACCAGCAAAACAAAAGCAGAUAACAUCUUCUGGGGAGAGCACUUUGAGUUCUACGGUCUCCCACCUCUUCACAGCAUCACAGUUCACAUCUACAAGGAUGUGGAGAAGAAGAAGAAAAAGGACAAGAACAAUUAUGUAGGUCUGGUCAACAUUCCCAUGGCCAGCGUGACCGGUCGCCAGUUUGUGGAAAAAUGGUACCCAGUCAGCACACCUACACCCAACAAAGGGAAAUCAGGGGGACCUUCCAUCCGGAUAAAGUCCCGUUAUCAGACCAUCACCAUCUUGCCCAUGGAACAAUACAAAGAAUUUGCAGAGUUUGUUACCAGCAACUACACUAUGCUGUGCUCUGUGCUGGAACCGGUGAUCAGCGUCAGGAAUAAGGAGGAGAUGGCUUGUGCUUUGGUGCAUAUUCUUCAGAGCACUGGCAGAGCGAAGGACUUCUUGACGGAUUUGGUGAUGUCUGAGGUAGAUCGUUGUGGGGAACAUGAUGUCUUGAUCUUCAGGGAGAACACUCUUGCUACCAAAGCUAUUGAGGAAUACCUAAAGUUGGUAGGGCAGAAGUAUCUUCACGAUGCACUAGGGGAGUUUAUCAAGGCUUUGUAUGAGUCGGAUGAAAACUGUGAAGUGGAUCCCAGCAAAUGUUCAUCCAGUGAAUUAACAGAUCAUCAGAGCAACCUGAAAAUGUGUUGCGAGCUGGCCUUCUGCAAGAUUAUUAACUCUUACUGCGUGUUCCCUCGUGAGCUGAAGGAGGUGUUUGCAUCUUGGAAGCAGCAGUGCCUGAGCAGGGGCAAGCAGGACAUCAGUGAACGCCUGAUCAGUGCCUCCCUCUUCCUCCGCUUCCUCUGCCCUGCCAUCAUGUCCCCCAGCCUCUUCAGCCUCAUGCAGGAGUAUCCUGACGACCGGACAUCUCGCACGCUCACACUUAUUGCUAAAGUCAUUCAGAAUCUCGCCAAUUUUGCGAAGUUUGGGAAUAAAGAAGAAUAUAUGGCCUUCAUGAAUGACUUUUUGGAACAUGAGUGGGGAGGAAUGAAGCGUUUUCUCCUGGAGAUCUCUAACCCAGAUACCAUCUCAAACAUGCCUGGAUUUGAGGGCUACAUCGACCUGGGCAGAGAGCUCUCAGUUUUGCAUUCGCUCUUAUGGGAGGUUGUGUCCCAACUUGAUAAGGGUGAAAAUUCCUUCCUACAGGCGACCGUGGCAAAACUGGGACCUCUUCCUCGUAUUCUUGCCGAUAUCACCAAAUCAAUGACCAACCCUACGCCGAUACAGCAGCAGCUGAGGCGUUUCACGGAGCACAGCUCUAGUCCAAACGUCAGUGGCAGUCUCUCCUCAGGGCUUCAGAAGAUAUUUGAGGACCCCACUGAUGGUGACUUGCAUAAGCUGAAGUCUCCAACCCAGGAAAACGUAGAUGGGUAUUUUAGGGGCAAGACUUUACUGCUGGUUCAGCAGGCAUCCACCCAGAGCAUGACUUACUCAGAUAAGGACGAAAGGGAAAGCAUCUUGCCCAAUGGACGUAGCAUCUCUCUCAUGGACCUCCAAGAUCCCCACACGCCUCACAGUGACCAUGCUUCCAUGAUGCACGACGUGCCUUUGCGCUUGGCUGGCAGCCAGCUCUCUAUCACGCAAGUGGCAAACAUCAAACAGCUGUGGGAAACUCAGAGCACACCCCAAAGUGCUCCCCAGGUGAGAAGGCCGCUGCACCCCGCUUUGAACCAACAGGGCAGCCUCCAGCCCCUGUCAUUCCAGAACCCGGUUUACCAUCUCAACAACCCAACCCCGCCGAUGCCGAAGGCCUCUGUGGACUCCAGCUUGGAGAACCUGAGCACCGCCAGCUCCCGGAGCCGAAGCAACAGCGAAGACUUCAAACUGAGCGGGCCCAGCAACAGCAGCAUGGAGGAUUUCACCAAACGCAGCACGCAGAGCGAGGACUUCUCCCGACGCCACACGGUUCCCGACAAGCACGUCCCCAUUGCACUGCCCCGCCAGAACAGCAGCAGCCAAGCACAGAUCCGCAAAAUGGACCAGGGCGGGCUGGGCGCCAGGGCCAAAGCGCCACAGUCGCUGCCACACAGCGCGUCCCUGCGGAGCACGGGCAGCAUGUCGGGAGUGUCGGGGGCCGUGGUGACCGAGCCCCUGCAGAACGGGAGCCGGUCCCGGCAGCAAUCCUCGUCCUCUAGAGAGAGCCCUGUCCCAAAGGUGAGGGCGAUCCAGAGGCAACAAACGCAGCAGGUUCAGUCGCCUGUGGACUCUGCCACAAUGUCACCAGUGGAAAGGACAGCUGCCUGGGUUCUCAAUAAUGGACAAUAUGAAGAAGUAGAGGAGGACGCAGAGCAGAAUCCGGAUGAAGUCAAGCAUGCUGAGAAGUAUGAGCAGGAGAUAGCAAAGCUGAAGGAGCGCCUGAAGGUGUCAAGUCGCCGGCUGGAGGAGUACGAGCAGCGGCUCCUGGUGCAAGAGCAGCAAAUGCAGAAGCUGCUGAUGGAGUACAAGUCUAGGCUGGAAGACAGUGAGGAGCGACUGCGCAGGCAACAGGAGGAGAAGGACAGCCAGAUGAAAAGCAUCAUCAGCAGGCUCAUGGCAGUUGAAGAGGAGUUGAAGAAGGAUCAUGCAGAGAUGCAAGCUGUCAUCGAUGCAAAGCAGAAAAUUAUUGACGCACAGGUCAUAAAUGGGGAUGAGAUAAUUCAAACAGGAGAAGCGGAUCGUGUCGCUGGACUCUGCCAACACGCGGCUGAUGAGCGCGCUGACGCAGGUGAAGGAGCGCUACAGCAUGCAAGUCCGCAAUGGCAUCUCCCCCACCAACCCCACCAAGCUUUCCAUCACGGAGAACGGGGAAUUCAAAAACAGCAGCUGCUAACCGGGCGGAUGCUGCCGGCCGGCUCCCCAGGAGAAGGGCAAGAGGGAGCAGACUCGAGAAACCUUUCAAAAUAGCCCCCCCUGCCCCUUACAGGUUUACAUAAUGCUGCUAAUAAAAUGGAAAAGAGAACGAAGAACUCGGAAAGGUGGGCUUUAAUUCCCCACUCAAGGCCAGGAGAACCGGGCUCCCGGGAACAAGUCCUUCCAUAUCACUGUGUAAAUAGAGAGAGCUCUUGGGUCAUGUACAGAAAAUGCCGAUGUAAUAUACCAAAAGGAAGUGAAUACUGUAGAUUUUUUUAAUUAUUGCUAUUUUUAUUAUUGUUAUUAUUUUUUUUCUCUUGUUGAAAGCACUGCAGUCCUUGGAGGAGGAAGAGGGGAGUGUGAGUGCAUGUGUGUUGUGGGUGAGAGAGAGAUGAGCGGUUAGACAGCAGCUGCAUAUAUCGGGCUGACUGAUACAAGUACAUGAGUGGAGUGAAAUCGUAGUGAAAUGAAUUCUGUAAGAAAACUCAUCUGCUGGUUUUAUUCCCCUCUAGCUGUUCUUUAACUGAAUGCAAACUCGGUAGCACACAUUUUAGCAAGAAAAUUGGCUCUUGCUGGAUCCUGGUACCUACUUUUGGUGCGACUCCGGCAAAAAACGGUCAGUCUUUUUGAACAAGGGAAAGACUUGGAGCAACCAGCUUGUUUCCUUUCCGUUUGUACACAGUCAGGCUUUCCAGCAAACAGACAGAAGGAAUCUGCAGUUUUUCAAGGUAGGAUUCUUUCUUUUUACUCCAGUUCUAAUGCAGUUUUAUAUUUUCUGUUUUGAGAAUUUACAGACCUGUAAAUACUUUUUUUAAAGAAAUUUCUAUCCGAUGCCCACUUUACACCCCCUGAAUUCGUGCUCUGCUCUCCAUCAGGAGCAGCCAGGGGAACGCUCUGAGGAAAGGGCGACCCGCAGCAAAGCAGAACUCCGUAUGCAACCUCUCCUUUUUCCUAGAGGAUUUCUGUAUUCUUAUCUCUCCUUCAAUUUCACUGUUUCAGCCACUAGCAUAGCCAGUCAAUUCCAAUGAAAGAUGCUUCCUGCACCUUUGUGUUUAAACAUCCUAUGUUUCCACAGAAAUUUGCCUUUCUUUGGAUACUUUAAAGGUGUUGGGGUUUUUUUUGAGUUCUGUCCACAACAGAUAUUUCUUAAGGAGUUUUGAAUAAGCUUUCAUCUCCAGUGACUUUCCAUUGCAUUUCAUAGUUGCAUACUUACAGGCUGUAUGUGAAUGCGUAUAUAAUUACAAAGUGACCUUCUUGUGGAAGAUAAUGACAUUUGCAAACCAUAAGAUAUUCUCAAUAAAUGACACAGUAUUGUCAAUUCUCAUUAUUUCAUCAAAUGCCACAAUAUGUAGUCUGAAGGUUUUUUAAAUCCCUACAUUCCAGACUCAAGUAAUGAUGCAUGAAGCUUCGCUUUCACUUUUUGGUAUACAUUUCUAGCCACCAAACUCUCAAAAGUAAACAAAAUUAUCACAACAGCCAUUGAAAUUUUGAAUUACAGAAAAGUACUAGUGACACUGAUUGUGAUGAACCAUUCAAACAUCUUGUAGGAAUUAGAAAUUGGAAAAGUUGACUUAAAAAUGAGACAGAGCCUCGAGAAGGUGCCUCCGUGUGGGAUGUGUUCAGGAUGCAACUCGGAAGGAGUUACUGAGGUGGCUGUGGGGGUAUGAGGCUGAAAUGGUGUCGCCCAUGGUAUGGUCAGAUAUCUGAUAAUCCUUUCUGGCCUUAGUUUCUGAAUCCCUAAAAUUAUAUCACAUUAAAAAUGUAGGCAUUUCUAAGCCAAUUUCUCGACCUGCUGAAAGCAGCCUGUGUUGCCUGGAACAUGAGGGACUGGCAGUACUGAGGACCCAAAUUCAGUGUCUGUUGUCAUGUUUAUUUGCUUGUUGGAAAUGAAUUGAUCUCACCUCUGUGGGCAAACGCAGCCUGUGACCGAGUGCAUUAUGUUAACUGUUCUGCCUGAUUAUUGUGUUGUGAUGCUUCAGUUAAAUGUCACCACACAAGUUGAGUCAGGUUACUAACUGUGCAUAAAUAGAGGCCACAUCUGCACUGUAGGGCGUGUAAGAAAAAUGCAGAUGAAUCUCCCUUGGCUGUGAAUUCACACCUAGAGGAGAGUUGUCUGCAGUGAGCUGUAUUUAAUGCUUAGCUCUUUCAGAUCAAAGCCGCUCUGGCAGCUGGAAGGUGACUGGGUACCAGGGGCAGAGCAGCAUCAUCCCUGCCUUGUUCUUGGUGUAUUGUUGCCAAGUGAGCGCUGCCUGACGCUCCCGGCGCGGUGCUCUGCGUUUGCUCACUAGUGAUGUCUUUUCCAUACUUUCCAAACUGUCUUCCAGCUCUGGGUCGUUGCUGACCUCCGAUAUUUUCUUCCUCAAACCGUGCCUUUAAGUUCCUUCUCUUUUCCUUCUUCCUCCAUGCAUCACAGCCACAGGCAGUCUAUUGAGUUUGUAUUAAUCCGUCUUGUGAGUAGUGCUCUCUUUUACAAGAAACCUUUGCAACCCCCUUUUGCUGAGUGUUUUUGUGUGAUCCGCAUCUCCCCUUUGCUACAUACUGUAAUUACACAGCCACAUCGUGGGAAAUGUGUUCCCAAAAGUAGCGUUUUCAGACAGGCAUGUGCAUUGCUCACUUACUACCCAGUGCAAACAGGUGUUCUGUGACUGAUCCGUGAGAGCAAGCAGUGGUAGGAAUACAUUGACUAGAACAAGGCAGAAGCAGAUACAUCAUUCUGGUAGCGUUUGUCUAGCAUUAAUUUGGGAAAUGCAUUUCACUGGAGCUCCCCAGAUUUCUGGUUAUCUAUCAAAGAUCUCUGGCUGAGCCGUUUGGUUUGCUGAGGAAGACUCCGAGGUGUCCACUUUGGUUUCUGCAGAGAAAUGCAGUAAGAGCAACAUUUCAGCCCUGUUUUUUAGAGGGGAAGUAAUACCUGCCCCAAGGUGGAUACAUUUUAGCGAGGUCUAAUGGUGUACCUUCUACCUGUGUAUUUCUUAAGCUUGUAGUAGGAAAAGUUGCUAUUCGAUAAGAGCCUGACCCAUCGGUAUUGUCCUCACAGCUUGUUGCUGGGCUGGUUGUUCCUGUAUUUCAGUUUCUGCCCUAAAGUGCGAACUGAACUCCUCUGACUGCAGCGGAGGAGCAGCCUGUCGACCCCAAAGGGGGUGAAGGUUGCGGACUCACGACGCUGCGAGACUAAAAUUGAUUAGCUGCGGAACAAAACGUCACGCUCCGGAGUUCUGCAGGCAGCUGUCUCUCCUGGUUUGUUACCAAGCAGCUUUCUAGCGAAAUGUUAAGCCGCUUCAAGCUGACAAUAUGUGAAAAUGCCAGUUUCCAUUUUGUCCAGUCUGAUAAAAUUCAAGUGGCACUAAACCACGUGGCAGCCAAAAGGUCUGUCUGCUUUGGCAGAAGAGCCCUAACUGGGCCUGAUCGCUUUUGGUUUAAGACUAGUAGCCGGUGGGUUUCUGCAGCAACGAGAGAAGUAAAUAGUGCAAAAUCUGAUGAUGAGCAUUAUAGAAAUGGGCAGCUAUGCCUAAAAGCACAGGUUCAUACAGCUACACGUUUUGCAGCAUUCCUUUCCAGUGGAAUAACUCUAAGCAGGGGGUCCGGGGGAGCCCAGAAAGGGAUGUGUAUGUUAUCUAGAGAAUGUGGGGUGUAUCCAGUAAUAAAUUCUGUACCUGUCUAAUAAAUCAUCCAAGAAAUGGGGUUUAUUUUAUGUUCUUGCAAUUGCUUUGGGUUGGCUCAGGCUUUUUUUUUUCCACAUGAUGUAUUAAUGUCAUGUUUUAAUGCUUGUUUAAACCCACCUGCUUUUAACCUCACCUGAAAACUCAACGACUGAAGCCCGUCAGUUUUCCAGCAGUGCCCGUGGGACGUGUCAGCAAUACUGACCUGCUAAGGUCACCCUGUAUGUAUGAAUUUUGUUUGUGUUCUGCAAAACUUUGUGUCAUUCCUGGAGAACAAUUCCUGUCCAAGGUGAACCAUAAACUGUAUUUACAUCAGUGAUUAGUGUGGUCAGCCACAGGUAUCCAGCUGGGUCUGACAGAGCAAAAAGGGUGACAUUUAGGCUGAUGCUUUUAGGUAUUUCCUUCUCCACAGUAAGGUAACUCCCAGGAGAGCGAGCGUGUUAUUACAGAUCAUGCCUGCCAGGAAUCCUACCUGUAAAAAAUAGAUUUUCUGUCUCAAGGGCCUUAAUAAGAGUGUUACUACACGGAACUGUUUUACAAUGAUAGCUCUAAAUAAUUUAUUUUUUAUUUCAACAAAGUACACCUUAAAAAAGUAAUAAACUUGUUUUUCAAGCCGUAUUUUUAUGCUAGUAGCACUGGACUGUUUGGUCUCUGAGAUCCAUUUCUGCAUUUCAUUGCCUGGGUUUGUUCUAAAGAAGAUUUAUUUUUGUUCUGUGAAUAAUUUUUGAAGGUUCUUGUAAUAUGUACAGAUAUAGAUACAUUUGAGGUCUUUUAUUGAUAUUCCUACAAAGAAUACAAAUAAACUUUAACUUUAAACA